AUGGAGUGGGAUACUGCUGCGACUUAACACAAGUUGAUUCAAUAUGCACAACAAAUGGCACAUUUUGUUCUAAAGACUAUUAGAGCUACAGGAUUUAGAUAUAAUUUUAAUCGGCCCUGCUAUUGGAAAAUCACAACUAAUAACUCAAUUUCAAGUUCUGAUUUUUACAAAAUAACCAUUCAUUUUGCUUUUGCAACUGCUGUUAGGAUUUAUACAGGAAGUGCCCUGGGUGUUGCAAAUAAUGUAGUUGUGGGAUAAACUGGAUACUAUUACAAAUUUCCAAUCUACGAUGAUAACAUUUUAACUACUAUUUGGAUUGUAGCUAAUCCAGAUAACCAGAAUAUUUAUGACCCCGACUUACUCUUUUCUUAUGAAGUUGGGAGAGAUGAUGAUGUCUAGGCUUCUGUGAAUAUAGGAAUAGAGCCUUGGCAAGUUGGACUUUUAGGAGUAGGCCUUUGCGUGAUUGCAUUAUCAGUUUCCUGCGUGAUUGCUAAAUGGGUUUGCAAAUUAGGGGUACCAAAAUACAAGCCUUGGGAGCCUAACAAGGACUUUUAUCCAAAACAAGAAAGAGAAGCUCAUAAAAAUUCUAAAGGACUGGUUAAAAACUAAGAUUAUGAAACGUACAGAGAUAACCUUCAGACAAUUACAUUCUCAGUAAUUGUCUAAGGAAAGGGAAAUCCAGCAUAUUUGGCUACAAGCUAGAUUUAAACUACUUAAUGCUUCUCUGGUUGUCUUGCAAAGUAUGUAAACGCUUAUUAUUGUGUAGAUUUAAAGUUAAACACUGCUUAUUGUUGCAAUUCCAAUUAAAAAACAAAUAAAUAAAACUUGCUUUGUUAAACCAGCACUUCAUUAAAUAGAUCUUGCAGCUCUGAUUUAAGUUUAGCUGAAAUGCAAAUAGACUACUGUACUCAAAAUUUAACAUUAUGCGGAGCAACUAGUUAUGUUGCUACUACUGAGAAAUAAUUUUUAAGGGCUAAGGGCUUUUAUUACGAUCUAGAAACACCAUGUAUAUAUGAGAUUACAGGUUUAUUAACAUAUGAAACAAGAAAUAAAUAUAUCGAGAUUUAGGUUUAAUAUAUGUUUGCAUGCGAUAUUUACCUAAGCAACGGAACUUCUUUGAAUCUUUUGACUUAAAAAAUAACAGCUCAGACUAGAACAAUUUAUUCGUUUAUUCUCAAAAUAGGAGACUUUUAAAACAAUAAAAUAUUUAUUGCAGUUCAUCCUGAUACUAUAAGCAAAGUUUAUCCCCCAGAGUUCAAUUUAUCUUAUCAAAUUCAAACCACAGAUGGUUAUCUUAAGUAUUUAAGUAGUUAUACUAAUGCUGAUUAUACAGAUGAGAUACUAACUCCGGCUGUUGCAAUACCAUUUAGCAUAAUUGCUGCUAUUUUAAUAGGGAUAUUAGGUGGCUAUUACUCUAAUCGCAAUUGCUCUAAAGAAAAAACAUUCCCUGAAUAUCUGAAUGCUGGGGAGAUACCAGUUGAUAAAAGAAACUGGAAUCUUAUAGAACUUGCUAUGCUAAGAGCUAAAAUAGACGAACCUCCUAAAAAUGCUCCAAAGGAUUUCUAGCUAGGCUAUUUAGAAAAAUUAGAUGAAAUUAAGAGAUAUGAAAAGUUAGAUGAAACUUAAUUGACCAAAGCUAAACAGCAGCUUGAGACGUAGAGAUACUUCGAUAGGAAAACUAUGGAUGUUGAAGAACUUGAAACACAGAAAGAUUUAGAUAUUGAUGACUAGGAAAAAGUGAUUAAGCAUUUGGAGAAUAAGUUAUAGAGUAGAUCAAAUAAAUUGAACGCUUUUAAAUCUGUGACGCCUAAACCUUUCACAACACACUCAAGAUUUACGCCAAGUGAACAAAAAAAUGUCAAAUUAGAUAUGAGUAAUAUUAGAAACGCUUCGUCAAGUUAGGGUGCAAGAAAAGGGGGAAUCAUUCCAAUUAGAUGA